CUCUAUAGAUUUUUCUUUUAUAUGUAAAAGUCUAAAGACUUUGGAAUUUCCGAUCAGAAAACAACAAAAAUGAUGAAAAUGACAAUUGGAACAGCCGCCGCCGGCGACGGUGAAUGGGAGCUCCGACCUGGUGGAAUGGUUGUUCAGAGACGAUCAGAUGAUAGCUCCAACGUUCCACGUGACAUCCAUGUUCGGGUCAAAUUCGGGUCGGUCCAGCACGAGAUCAGUAUCAACUCUCAAUCUACUUUCGGGGAAUUAAAGAAAAGAUUGUCUGUUAAGACAAGAGUUCAUCAUCAAGACAUGAAGAUUCUAUACAAAGACAAAGAAAGAGACUCUAAAAUGUUUCUUGAUCUUUGUGGUGUCAAAGAUGGUUCGAGACUGGUUCUCAAAGAAGAUCCAAUUUCUCAGGAGAAACGUCUCCUUGAGAUGAGGAAACUGGUCGUUAAAGAGAAAGCUAAUAAAUCAAUAUCCGACAUUAGCUUCCAAGCCGAUAGACUCGCCGGGAAACUGUCGGCGUUUGAGGUAGUGAUUGGUAAAGGAGUGAAAGUUGAAGAGGAGAGUCUGGAGAAUUUGCUGGAGAUGUUGAUGAACCAGUUGGUGAAGUUAGAUGCAAUUCUAGGCGAUGGAGACAUAAAACUAAAGAAGAACAUGCAGGAGGAAAGAUUACAGAAGUACGUUGAGGCACUUGACGUAUUGAAGGUCAAGAACUCAUUGCAACCGCAGCCGCAAACGCAACUAAAACCUCAAACACAACCGCAAAUGCAACCGCAACGCAAGGAAAGAGAUCUAGUGACAUUUGAGGAGGAAACGUCGAGAAAAUGCGCGGCUCCCUCGCCAGAUCCUCCGGUUAUUAUAACCACGAAAUGGGAAACGUUUGAUUCCAAUUCCACCUCUGCGGCCGAUGCUAAAACGGCUAAGCCGCUCCAUCCAAAAUUAAAUUGGGAAUUAUUUGAUUAAGCUAUAAAUAUGCAUAUACUGUAAGUCUGUAUCUUACACAAAAUACUAUAUAUUUUUCAGAUUUUUGUAGCAUAUAUGCAGUUUGUUUUCUAUUUUUGUAUGUUUUCUAACUGUUUUCGUGUGUAAUAGGUUUAUAGCCUUAAGGAUAGCUUUGCCCAAUACUGAUUUUAUCAUUAGUGUGAGGAACUGAGAAUAUUUUAAGUUGUUACACCAGCUUGAUAAAGAAAAACGAAUUCCUCUGAAAUUAAACCCAAGUUUAUCGUGUGCGAAUG